CGCAGCAGCAGCAGCGAGCAUGGAGCCGGCGGCGAUGCUCACCUGCUGGGGAGCCGUGCUGGGAACGGCUGUCUCGCUCCCGCUCCUCCUCCUCGCGGCGGCCCCCUACGUCAGGAGAUAUGUUGCUGGAGGACAGUGUAAGUCAACAGCUAAGCUAGAUGGGAAGGUGGUGAUAAUCACAGGAGCCAACACAGGCAUUGGGAAGGAGACAGCCAGAGAUCUUGCACGAAGAGGUGCGAAGGUGAUUGUUGCCUGCAGAGAUAUAGCAAAGGGAGAAGCUGCAGCCAGUGAAAUCCGAGCUGAAACAGGGAACCAGCAGGUCAUUGUUAAAAAACUGGACUUGGCUGAUACAAAGUCUAUCCGGGAGUUUGCUGAGAACUUUCUAGCAGAGGAGAAGGAACUCCAUAUCCUCAUUAACAAUGCUGGGGUGAUGUUAUGCCCUUACUCCAAGACAGCUGAUGGCUUUGAGAUGCACCUGGGAGUCAAUCACCUUGGUCACUUUCUCUUGACCUUCCUAUUGCUGGAGCGUCUGAAGCAGUCUGCCCCAGCCCGUAUAGUGAAUGUGUCCUCACUGGCUCAUCAUGGAGGCCGAAUCCGCUUCCAUGACCUCCACGGUGAGAAGAGCUACAAUCGUGGCCUUGCCUACUGUCACAGCAAACUGGCUAAUGUGCUCUUCACGCGGGAGCUGGCGAGGCGGCUGCAAGGUACUAAAGUCACAGCAAACUCUCUUCACCCUGGUUCUGUCCGUUCGGAACUGGUCCGGCACUCGUUUGUAAUGACAUGGCUGUGGAAGAUGUUCUCAUUCUUCUUGAAAACCCCUUGGGAGGGAGCUCAGACUAGCGUGUACUGUGCGGUGGCAGAGGAGCUAGACUCCGUGACAGGACAAUAUUUCAGUGAUUGCCAGCCAGCAUAUGUGUCUCCACGAGGUCGCGAUGAUGAGACAGCAAAGAAGCUCUGGAGUGUGAGCUGUGAGCUCCUAGGCAUCCAGUGGGACUGAGCAGUGCAGACCUCAAGCACUGGCCAAGGUGGCUGACCAUGGUGAUGCUUCUCCUCCUGGGAAGAACACUGCUGAGAGACCUCAAGACAAGACCUUUGGUACUUCCAGAUGCCUUCACGAUGGUUCAAUGGACACAAUCUAGUCUGAAAUUCUGGAAUAUUAUGCUUAAGGAUUGAGAUUAGUAAGCAGACAGUCCCCUUCCCUAGCUGGAGACUUAGAGCACAAAUGCAGGUAUUACUGAUUAUACUUGAUGUUCCAUAGCCAGGUGCUAAUUCUGCUCUGGUUCUAGAAUAGAAAUGGGAGUUGCAGUCUUAUGCGUAGAUUAUAAAGUGAAAGAAAAGUCCUUUUUUUUUUUUUUUUUUUUUGGUCAUCCAUAGGAGUAGUAAUAGUAAAGUAGGACCCUAAAUGUAUGAUCUAAGGUUAUUUUCAAUUCCUAGUAUUUGACCUGGCAGAGUAAGAGAAGUGCUUUUUAUGGUAUUAAGAUUUCUGGCAAUUAUAUGCAAUACAAAUCCUCUCUAGUCACAUAGAAACAGGAGCUGGCCUUUUUGUGCCAAGCAUUAGGUAAAGUUUUUAACUGGAAUUACAUAUUCUUCCAUAUAUGCUCUGUAAGAAGUUGGGCCAUAGCUACUGAAGCACCUGUUUCCCAAAUAAUUAUUGAUUGGCAUAAGUAAACUAAGGGUCUGUGUAUCUUGUAACCUCCCAGUCAACUGUAUUGAGACCUGGGUUCUCAAAUGCUGCAGGAAUGCUGCAACCCUGCAUAAGCAAAUUUUCUUAUCUCAAAUAAGUGACAUUGCUGCUGUGAAGCAUUAAGCAAAGAUGUAAAAGUUGUCACAGUAAAACCCCCAGCUGCACUUUAAAUGACUUCAGAACUGCAAGAGAGCAGAAUGAAUAAAGAACACUUUAGCUACACUGAAAAAAACUUUUUAAAAGCUUCAGUUAAAGCUGAAAGCUCAAGUAACAGCUGCUUUGACAGGAAGCUAGUUGAAGCUAAACAGUUAAAGCAAGAAUCAGCACUAUCUUGGUGUUACAGUUAUUUUAGCAGACAGGAAAGUAAGACUUGCACAGAACUCUACGUUUGUCUGCCCAGCAGUUACUGGAUGAGGCUAGCUGAGGCUGCCAUCCUGGCCUUGCAGUACCAGAUAGCCUGUGUGUUCAAAGCAGGGUGGUGAAUCCACAUGUGACUGAGAUCAUCUGCUACUUACUUUGGUGCACAUUGCUGGAGUGAGACCAGUAAUGAGAGAUUUUUCUGGAAGACCUAAGCAGUUUAAAAAGCAAGUGCAACAGCACAGCUCAUGGGAUUAUCUUCCAUGUUGAAAGAAAUGUGAACACUUUCGGUCAUGCUCAUGAGCAUUCUACUGUGACAAACUAACAGCUUUAGAAAACAAAUGCUCAUGUCAUGGUAAAUUCUGCUUGGAGGUUAUCUGUGCAGCUCAGUCCGAGCUGCUUCUGAGCAAUACUAAAUAAAGCCCUUUCUUCCUUCAGAAACGGUGACGCAGUUUAGUUGGUGCUGCUGCUAUACGCACCUGUCUUACCAGUGCAAAGAACUCAGUCCGUUACAUUAAGUCCCUCUGUAUUUCUUUUUUGUCAUGUUGUUUGUUUCCUCCCUUGCUAUGCUUCACCUUGAAUGUGGAUCUAAAUCCACAACUAAGCUGUAGCAGUAGAAUGCUACCAGGCACCUGCAUUGCAGGCUUGGCUUUCUGUCUCUGUGCAACACUGAUCUCUUGAAGGGUCUUCAAGAGCAAUAGAGACCCUCAGAAAAAAAGGGGGGGGAGGAAGAAAGUGUCUCUGGCUCUAAUACUUUCCCCUUGAAGGUCAACACUUUUCUCAAAUUCUCAAAGAAGCAGGACUGUAGAUCUAACAUAAGACAUGUAACAGCGUGUUUUCAGACACACACACGUAACACUUUUUGACCUUGGGCAAGUUAUUUAUCCCUACUAAAGUUGAGCUGUAACAUGAGGCAACUUAAGCUCAUUUAGCUGCUUCAAAGGGAGGCUGUUACAGAGAGUUAGAUUAACUUGUAAAGCACACUGAAGAAGAUUAGUGGCCUGUGAGGCAACAUAUAAGCAAUGGGAUGAAAUAAAUAACAUGACUAAGCUGGCUACCAGGAGGACUUCUAAAAUGUGAUAUUCUAAUAGCUUUAAGUAUUGAACACACUAUAGCAAAGAGACAGAUUUUUGCACCAGGAGGAAACAUUUUCCCCUUCCCUCUGCCAAGCAUAGCCAAAAGCAAAACACAAAUCUAGAAAGAGAACCCCAGUUAUGUUGAGAUAAAAAAAAACAAAACAGAAGAUAGGUUAAGAAAUUUUCAGUGAUAGUAGUUUAUUUUUUUUAUUUUUGCAUUGUAAACAAACCUUGGUCAUUAAUAUAGAAGUUUUUAGACUGGCAGUAUUGAAUCCAUUUUUGAUGCUGAACAUUUCUAAAUACAUUGAUAAUUGCACUAUCAUGACACAAGGCAAAUUAGUCAGGAUCAAAAUUCCAGUUCUGGUAAGAGAAAGGUCCCUAUAAGUCUAGGUUAUAAACUAUCAAAUUAUAACAAACACUGUAUAAAGUGCAUAAAGUACAGUGCAAAAAGGUCAAAGAAAGGCAGGCAAAGAACUGACUGGUCUGCAUGGCAAGCUCCCCCCCCCCACACUGUGUACAGCUGGGAGGGACUAGAGCAUAAAUGUAGGUAUUGGAGCAGUCUGUAACUCGAUACCUUGAACAGUUUAAUAUUCCUCCAGCCCCCCUUGUAAUUAGAGAUUUGGAAAUGAUUGAAGAUAUGGAUAGUGUCACGUUUUAGGAUUAGCCUAACAGCUGUAAUCUGAUGGCAAGAUAGGUCAGACUGGUCAAGACAACAAAAGCAGCUUUCAUUAGUACUGCUCACUAAUGAGAUCGUGCAAAUCUGUAGUUGGCAAAUUCUGAAAGCUAAGUGUGGUCCUUUCUGACCGUUUAGCUCGGAGACGUGUCUAGCUCCACGCUAGUCAGUGAAGCACCUCAAAAACAGAUGUGCAUGUCAGUGGGACACUGUUGAUGAAACAGUCAAAGAUGAUGAACCAAGUCUUUUUCAUCUCCAUGGAAUGGAGACACUCUGUCAGGACACUGAAUAUGGGGGUAGUGCAAGAUCCUUAUUUGAUAGUGUCAAUUUAUUUGUGUAUUUAAGCUAUUUACAGUUAUAUUAUACCCCAGAAACCAAAAUUAUUUUUUUUUUCAGAAAGUAAAAAACAGUUUAACAAUUACAAACACUGUACUAGUUUUCCCACCUCUUGUACUAAAAGUACGUGUAAACUGCAUAACACACCCUUAUGGAUUGUCCCCCCACCCUUUAAAAAAAAAAUAAAGGUCCUUCUACCAUCUUUA